AUGCCUUCGAGUCUGCCUCCAGCAUCGUUGUCUCAGCCGUACUGCGAGGUCUCAGCCCUUGAUGCAGGGUUCAUCGACUUACCAGACGCCAUGUUCAUCACUACGGGAAAGCCGAACGAGAAGACCAAGGUCCCCUCCCUUGCGUUCUUACUGACAAACACUUCAUCCAAGAAGCAAGUCCUCUUCGAUCUCGGCAUCCGCAAAGACUGGGAAACUGGAUACCCACCAGCCACCGUUGAUUGGAUCAACAACGUCUACAACACGCAGAUCCCCCAAGACGUAGUAGACUCCCUCGCAGAGGGCAAUCUGUCCCCCAGCGACAUCGAGGCGGUCAUACUCUCCCAUGUUCACUGGGACCACACCGGCGACCCUUCAGCUUUCACGAAGGCGACGUUCCUUGUGGGAGGCGAAACGGAGACGCUACUUCGCACGGGUUACCCCAUCAACCCAGACUCCCUGUUUGCACAUGACCUGAUACCGCCACACCGUACGCAGCUCCUGAAGACAGAUUCAUGGGGCCCAGUGGGUCCGUUUCCUCGAGCGUUCGACUAUUGGGGAGACGGUAGCUUGUACAUCGUCGAUGCCCCUGGGCAUCUUGCUGGACAUGUCAAUGUUCUAGCUCGAACUUCAGCGGACGGCGGGUGGAUAUACCUCGCGGCGGAUAGCGCCCACUUCCUGACGCUUCUUACUGGUGAAGCUGAGGUCACCGUCGGUCACGCGGCCCAUGGUCCGCAUGGGUGUGCUCACAUAGACAAGGAACUGGCAGACCUGCAUCUUUCUCGAAUCAGAGAGAUCGGGAAACUCCCAAAAGUACGGGUUCUUAUCAGCCACGAUGCGCAAUGGUACAAGGAGAACCGCAAUAACGGAGCAUUCUGGCCAGGCCAUAUUCCAUCCCUGUAA